AUGCCUCCGGAACGAACCAAUGUACCGGUGAAGCUGUCGCUGCCGCUGCAAUAUCAGCAGCACAUCUUCACCGAACUACGCACGGAGGAUGAGCUGGUUGUCCUCGCUCGCGGGCUAGGACUGCUGCACCUCAUAACAAACCUUCUUCACUUCUACGAUGCAGCCGGAAAUAACUUGGUGUUGGUGGUUGGUGCGGAUGAACGGGAGAAUGAAUGGAUCGGAGAGGCACUGGCUGAGCAUUAUGCGACAAGUAAGUCCCCGCUUGCCAGGGGGCUCAAGGUGAUCAACACGGAGAAGGCCACAGUGUCUAUGCGGGAACGAAUAUAUGCCGAAGGCGGUAUUCUGAGUGUGACAUCCAGAAUUCUCGUCGUGGACUUGCUAUCGAAGCUCCUUGAUCCUGAGAAGGUCUCGGGCAUGAUCAUCUUGCACGCUGAUAAAGUGAUAGCAACAUCUCUUGAAGCUUUCAUCGUCCGCAUCUAUCGGCAAGCAAACAAGCGCGGCUUUCUCAAAGCUUUCUCAGAUUCACCUGAACCUUUGACCACUGGAUUUGCACCGUUGGCUAAUGUUCUCCGAAACUUGUUCUUGCCUAAGGCUUCAUUAUGGCCUAGAUUCGAAGUUUCAGUCGCCGAAUCUUUGGAAGGCCACCGUAAGGCAGAAGUUAUCGAGUUGGAGGUGCCAAUGAGUGGUAAAAUGCGAGAGGUUCAGAAUGCUGUUCUUGAAUGUGUGGAGAUUAGCAUUGCGGAGCUCCGGAAGGCUAACACUGGUCUCGAUAUGGAGGAGUGGACCCUGGACAGCGCAUUGCACAGAAACUUCGAUAUUUCGAUCAGAAGACAACUGGAUCCUAUCUGGCACCGCGUAAGCUUUAGGACCCGGCAAAUCGUCAGUGACUUGACAGAUCUUCGAGGAAUUCUCCAUGCUUUGCUCACAUACGAUGCCGUGUCCUUCGUGAAAUAUCUCGACACGAUUGUGGCAGCUCAUUCGCCGCCCCCUGGCUCCAACAAGCAUAACUACUCACCCUGGCUCUUCCUGGACGCUGCUCAUGUUCUUUUCCAAACAGCAAAGGCACGAGUGUACGAAGGCAAGCUCAACGAUGAUUUGUCACGUCCCUCUUCAUCACUUAACUUUGCUACCGAUCUGCAGCCGACCCUUGAGCCUCUUCCAAAGUGGAACGUGGUAGCAGAAGUCCUUGGUGAGAUCGAGCAAGAUGCUUAUCUCAACCCGACCGCCCCUGAUGAAUCAAACAGUACGAUCUUGAUAAUGUGCAGCGACCAGCGGACUUGCCGCCAGCUUCGCGAGUAUAUAAGUACCAUGCAUGCCAAAGUUGCACAAUCAAUACGAAAGGACGAUGAAGAUGAGGAAGGCUCUUCUGCAGAAGUUAUGAUGCGUCGUCGACUGCGGGACUACCUCAACUGGAAGAGAUCCCUCUCAAACGUGAACAAAAAUCUCUCCGAUGAUGACAGGUCAGGUCGGCCAGCGGGUUCAGCAACACCCCAGCCUCAAGGCCGGCCUCCCCCGAACAAGCGCCGCCGCGUACGUGGCGGCGGUGCAGUCAAUUCUGCCGCUGGGCGUGUACCUAACAGCAGUGUGCAGACUGAGGUCGAGCUGCCGGGCCAGGUCGUGAGCCUACUCAACGAAAUUCAGCCCACUGAGGCCGAAGAAACACAGAAGGAAGAAAUCAUGAUUGAUAAUCUCGAAGACAUGGAAAACUUUUACGAACUUUACGACAUGAAUGACCUUGUCAUGAUCCAUCCAUACGACGGCGAUAUGGACGAUCACAUACUGGAAGAAGUUCGACCGCGAUACAUUAUCAUGUACGAACCAGAUGCGGCUUUUAUUCGCAGGGUGGAGGUCUACCGCAGUUCUCACAUGGGGCGGAAUGUGAAAGUCUACUUCAUCUACUAUGGUGGGUCUGUUGAGGAGCAACGAUAUUUGAGUGCCGUUCGUCGAGAGAAAGACUCAUUCACGAAACUCAUUAAGGAAAAGGGGAACAUGGCGGUUACUUUGACUCAUGAUAAGAAAGCCGAAGAUCCACAAGAACAGUUCCUUCGCACAGUCAACACUCGUAUUGCUGGCGGAGGGCGAUUGGCAGCCACAGCGGCUCCCCCGCGAGUAGUCGUUGAUGUACGAGAGUUCCGAAGCGCCCUUCCAUCACUUUUGCAUGGAAACAAUAUGGUCGUAAUCCCCUGUCAACUCACGGUAGGCGAUUACAUUCUCACACCAGAGAUUUGUGUAGAGCGCAAGUCUAUUCGUGAUCUGAUUUCAUCCCUCCGCAACGGUCGCCUCUACAACCAGGCCGAGACUAUGCUUCAGCACUACAAGAAUCCUCUACUUUUGAUUGAAUUCGAUCAAAACAAGUCUUUUACAUUCGAUGCAUUCGCGUCCGCUACGGGCCCAACUUCCUUCCUGAUGGAGCAAGGCUUCUCAUCUUCAGGCCAAGCCACCAGCACGAGCAGCAGUUCAAUGGCGAAUUCCUCAAAUCCAAAAUCCGCGCAGCAUAUGCUGGUGCUUCUCAUCCUCGCUUUUCCACGGCUCAGGAUCAUCUGGUCCUCAUCACCCUAUCAGACUGCGGAGAUCUUUGCGGAGCUGAAGAAAAAUGCUGCAGAACCAGACCCCCUGCGUGCCGUGCAAAUCGGGUUGGAUAUUCAGUUAACUGAUGCCGCCAACCCUGGGGAUGUCAUGGCUGCUGCUGGAAUCGAGCAUCGAACCUUCAAUCUUCUCCCACAAGAUAUGCUCCGGGCCGUGCCCGGUGUGACGCCACAUGCUCUUGAGCGACUGAUUCUGGAGACUGAGAAUCUCAACGAUAUCGCCAAUAUGGAGAUCGAUCAGCUGGAUCCGAUUGUCGGCAAAGAAGCCGCCCGCAAGAUCUUCAAGUUUUUCCGAAAAAGCGUCUUCGACGAUUAA